CCAUUUCCUCUUUUUACUCCUUUCUUCUACUUUUGCUUUAAAUGUAAUUUUUGAGCCAUAUAAUAUUAUUAUUAUUAUCAUCUCCUCAGUCUCCACCACCAUGAAAAUGGACAACACCCUUUGAAGUUUGAACCACAAGAGACACUUCUCUCUCUCUUUUUCUCUCUUUCUUUGUGUGUUCUGUUCCAAUGGGGUGCUUCCUUGCUUGUUUUGGGCUUUCCCAUAAAAGAAAGAUAAGGAAACCAGCUCAUAAGGUAAGACAUGGGAGUUACAAGCCACUUGAUUCAUCCAUAACUAUAGUGAGACUUAGUUCUUCUCAGAACCCUAUCAGUACUACUAUAGCAGAUUUUGAACCUAGGCGCAAGUCUAAGGAGCAACCGAGCUCGAAAAUCAGAAAGAAAGUUAGAUUUAAUCUAAAUGUGCAGACCUAUGAACCAGUCUCAACAUCUUAUGAUCAUUUCUUGGAGGAAGAGGAAAAGAGUGAGAAAAUGGAAAUCUUGUCUACUUCAAAGGGUUCUUUCAACUUAAACUACAGAUACCAAAAUUGCAGAGACUUUUAUGAUGAAGAGGAGGAGGAUAUGGCAUUUGAGGACAGUGAUCUCUACGAUGAUGAUGAUGAUUAUUAUUACAAUGAUGAAGAGGAAGACGAAGAUUAUGAUGGCGACAAUGAUGUUGACAGCCAAAGAGGAAGCCAAGAGUUCUACUCUUCAUCUACAAGUUCAGAGAAGAAAGUUUCUUGUGAUAAACCAGAUGAAGAGAAAAGCAAUACUACAUCACUGCAUUCUGUGCUAAAACCGGUGGAGAAUAUCAAUCAAUGGAGAGCAGCCAAGGCAAAAACAGCACCACCCAAGCAACAAAGUAAGGAGAACAUUCAAUUGUUUCAACAAUCAAGUUCUUGUAUAUCGCCUUUUGAUUCUGAAAAACCAAAUCGCAACCAGUCCAAGCCUCUUCUGCAAGAAAUUGCUGUUGACGCCAGCCUUUCAAGUUGGUUAAAUUCUAAAACUACUCAAUCAGUUUGAUACCCUUCUUCAAGAAUUGCUUUUUGGACAAUUUAUCUACAGAAAAAAAAGAAUAAGGAAGAAACAGGUGCUUAGCCUGAAGAAAGUCAAAGCAAAGCUCAAGUUCUUGGGGGCCUGCAUAGUGUUGUUAUCCAGGAACUUGGCCUAAAUCUAGUGUGAUUUUUUUAAGGACGAGGAAAGACAGCUAAUUCAGAUACAAAAAGGGAAGAAAGAAUCUUUAAAAAAAAAAAAGCAAGUUGGGUUUAAUAUUUUGUCAUAUUCUAGGAACAAUUUUCCGACAGAGAGUGAGAAUUAUGGGUUUGUAUUGCUUGUGUUUGUGCUUUUGUUUUUGUCUUUAAUGCUCUUCUGAUUGUCUCGCGAAUGAUAGGUUUUGGGUGGUUGUGAAGUUGUGUGUGUGAGAGAGCAUUUUUCACUGUCUUUUGGAGACUUAUUGCUUGGAUAAGAAACUGAAGAGUAUUGAACAGUUUUUUACUACAUAUGGAUGUAUGUUAUUGUAAAAUUUGAAUUGCAAAGAUUGAAACAAAGUGUUAUUUCA